AUGAUGGCGGUGUCUGCAGAAGCUCGCGGCACCGGUGCGCAGAGCGGCGGCACUUGUGAAAAAGCCCACAGCGCACCGGAUCGCAAUGGUUAUGUGAAAACACGCGCCACCCCACAGCACCGUGACCGACACUGCCAGACGUGGCCGGGGCUGAUGUUAACAAAAAUAUGGAGUUCCCAGAGCGUCCGGAGUGCGCUGUGUGUGGGGUCGCUGUGUGUUGUUCUGGCCGCGCUGCUCACAUGUGCAGAAUGGAGAGCAGCUGAGGCCAGCAGCAGCAGAGCUGAACACACACUCUCCCUUUCAUCCCCCCUCCACUUUGUUUCAGGCUGCGCAGCCGAGCUGUUGCAAACUUGCUGGAGUGCGCUCUCCCCGCUCUUCACGCUCGUAUGUGCCUUCUUCUGGGUCGGUGUGUACCUGAUCCGCUGCGGGGUGCUGAUCCAGACCGUCCUCUCCCUCCUGACCUUGUGCCACCUGGGCGAAUUCGCAGCCUGGUCCCUUCUGGACGGGACGGAUGAGCAACUGCUCUCGGUCACCGCCGCGGCCGUGGUCGUGCUCGUGUGCGUGGCCGCUGGCGCACUCAUGGUAGCGCGGCUGAACCGGGGCACGUCGGUGAUCGUUUUCAUCAGCCUGGUCCGGACGCUCUCGCUCCUGUCGCUGCACAAAGUGCGCGCCGCCUGGAGACCGUACGUGGCGUACCUGCUCGGAGUGCUGGGCAUCCUGCUGGCGAGGUAUGCUGACAGGCUCCUUCCCAAACAAGGGACGCGCGAGGAGGGCUGCACCCCCGUGACUGGAGCCAGGGACGAGAUCCCCGUAUUUAAAAGGCGCAGGAGGUCCAGUUCUGUUAUCGCCUCCGACAUGGCGCACAGUCAGGCCAACAGUAAGUGCCAUCGUCGGACCUCUUUGCCAUGCAUCCAGAGGGACCAGAUGCUGUCCCGCUCAGACUGGGACCACAAGAGAGGCCCUCGAGGAUCACAGUCAUCAGGAACGACUGUCAUGGUGGACAUAGCAGUGAUGGGAGAGGCCCACGGACUGAUCACAGACCUGCUUGCUGACCCUUCGUUACCUGCCCACACCUGCACAUCCCUGCGGGCCGUCAGCAGUCUGCUAACAACCCAGCUCACCUUCCAACCUCUGCACCGACCUCGCGCCGCCCCUCUGAUUAACCCCAGCGAUGCGUACACCUGCUCAGACUCAGAGGAGGGACCUGAGAAAGAAGAGAAGACAUCCAUACACAAGCGUCUGAGGCGGAGCCUUCAUCCUCUGAGAAGGAUUUCUUCCACGUGGACGACCACCACUUCCGCCACAGGACUGCCCACUAUCGAGCCCGGGCCUGUUAGAAGGGACCGCAGCUGCAGCAUCAAACCCUACCAUGAAACGCUCACCUGCAGUUGUGGGAGACCAUACAUCAGACUGAGCCAUGGGGAGGGCUCCAUCGACAAGGGAGACAGAACACCACGAUCAGCAGAGGACCAAGUGGUGGUAUCAUCCGACUACGACAGCACCCAUGAAGCUAACCACAGUGACUGCAGCGAUGUAGCACACUCGGAGCAGAACUCAGUGACAGGGAAGACCCCCUCCCAGAGUGUCAUCCUCCAUGCACUGAUACCCCCUGAGGACAAACCCAUUCUGGCACCAGAGCCAAUCAUGAUGGAGGACUUGGAGCCUUUGAUGAGUCAGCUAAACAAUUGGAACUUCCCGAUCUUCACCUUGAUGGAGAAAACGAACGGGAAAUGUGGAAGGAUCCUCAGUCAGGUAUCUUACAGGCUUUUUGAAGACACGGGCCUUUUUGAGACCUUCAAGAUCCCUGUUAAAGAAUUCAUGAACUACUUCCAUGCCCUUGAGAACGGCUACAGAGACAUACCAUAUCACAACAGGGUUCAUGCAACAGAUGUCCUCCAUGCAGUCUGGUACCUCACCACGCAGCCCGUGCCUGGUCUGCCCAGCCUCAUUACGGAUCAUGGUUCUGCUAGUGACUCAGACUCUGACAGUGGAAUAACACACAGUCACAUGGGCUACCUGGUUUCAAAGACCUACAGUGUGUCGGAAGAUGGAUACGGCUGUCUGUCGGGCCUCAUACCUGCUCUGGAGCUCAUGGCUCUUUACGUUGCAGCUGCUAUGCACGACUACGAUCACCCAGGAAGAACUAACGCAUUCCUCGUGGCCACCAGCGCCCCUCAGGCAGUGCUCUACAAUGACCGCUCAGUUCUAGAAAACCACCACGCUGCCUCAGCCUGGAACCUCUUCAUGUCCCACCCGGAGUACAACUUCCUCGUCAACCUGGACCAUGUGGAGUUUAAACGUUUUCGUUUCCUUGUUAUCGAGGCCAUACUGGCCACUGACCUAAAGAAGCACUUUGACUUUCUUGCUGAGUUCAAUGCCAAGGUGGGGGAUGAUCCGUCAACAGGUAUCGACUGGUCUAAUGAGAACGACAGGUUGCUGGUGUGCCAGAUGUGCAUUAAGCUGGCUGACAUCAAUGGGCCUCUGAAGUGCAAGGAUCUCCAUCUACAGUGGACAGAGGGCAUUGUCAAUGAGUUCUAUGAACAGGGUGAUGAGGAGUCCAGCCUGGGGCUUCCUGUCAGCCCCUUCAUGGAUCGAGCAGCACCGCAGCUGGCCAAACUUCAGGAAUCAUUCAUCACACACAUCGUCGGACCGCUCUGUAACUCCUACGACUCGGCCUGCCUCAUGCCUGGAUGGUGGGUGGAGCCCGAGCCCGAGGAAGAAGAGCCUGAGACUGGGAAAACUGAGGAGGCAGAUGAUGAUGAUGACGCGUCCACCUGCUCUGAAGCAUCAC